UCACGUCAUGGUCAAAACCUGUGGUCGUCAAAACAUUGGGUUUUAGGUCGAUUUUUCUUUGGCAAGAAUAUUAAUUUUUAAUAAAUAAAUGGAAAUUAGAGAUCUGAAAUAAUAACUAUAGGUUUUAAUAUAAAAGGAAAUAUAUUGAUUGUGAACAAUGGUUGAAAAUAAAUCUAUUUUACAUGAGCUAUAUGUGUUUUCGGAAUGGAAACCUGAGCCAGAAUAUUUGCAAAAACCGGACAAUAUAUUACCUGAGAAUAUAUCAAGUUUAUGGCGAUGGUUGAAAUUUUUCGGGGCUAAAAAAAGCUUAAUCGACAGUGUAACUGCGCACAAAGAGAGGCAGCAAAAGUGGCAUAUUGCUCUUGGUGAUGAGGGAAAGGUGAUUGCAGUGCUAACAGACAACAUAUUGGAAAUUAGAACCAAAAGGUCAGAAUAUGCCACAAUCGCAGCAAGAACUACAGUAUCCAGAGAUGGUUAUUCACAAUGGAGGAAGUUGGUUUGGAGUCCCGACUGCUCAUUCAUAGUUGUGGCUUAUGGAAAUGGAGUUGUGAGCUUUUUUGACCUCACUGCCUCAAAUCUUUUUAACAUACCGGCUGACUGCUCAAGACCAGGUGGUAUGGAAUGCACGGAUAAUACUCAUGCAGUUUCCGACAUUAUAUUCAGGCCACUAAGAGUUAAAGAUACCAAAUGGAACUGGGAAGUGUUAGUGGUGACGUACGAUGGAAAGUUGCGGGGUUACCUGGUGUCGGUGACGGAGGGGUGCAAGCUGCACCACUCGUUCCGGUUCCCCGGCGGAGUGGCGGCCGCGUCCUACUGCGAGCCGCACGCUACUCUGUACGUUGCGGGCGUACCGCGGGCGCCUUAUAAGGAUCCGUCGUCCCCAGUGAGCGCAGGUAUAACAGCUUGGAGGUUGUUGAACGACGAGCCUUUCUAUAAGCUAUCGGUGGUUUCCGACGAGCUGGAGACGCAGCUCGCCAACGAGCGGUUCCAUCUCCACAUGCCCAUGCUCUUCUCCAAGAAUAUGAAUUUCAUAAUCCGCAUGGUGACGUCACCAGACAACAGUAAACUGGUGUGCAUCCACUGCAACGGCGACAUCUCAGUAUGGCGGUUACCGCUACUGAAGGCGGAGCGGCGCUUCCGGCUCGCGGAGCAGCCGCAACACUCCCUGCAGAACCCGCUGACGCCGGACCAGGGGCCUAAAGACCCGGCCUUGUACAUACCCGCUGACGUCAACUGGUGGAGCAACGAGGAAAUCAUCGUGUCCCGGUUCAGCGGUGCGGUUACAGUUUGUGGAAUCAAGGAUAUGCUCAACAUACUCGGCAAGAAACCAGAAUUCUUUCAAGGGACACCGAAGGUGACGUGUGCGUACGACGGUGCGUUCAUGGCGUUGGAGUGCGAGUCGAACGUACUGCCUGCGAGGAAGUCGAGAAGUGAUGAAUCUAUGGAGGUGGUAAAAGCAGAAGCAGAAAUAGAAGAUUCCAUGUUGGAAGUGGCGAAAGAGCUGUUCAAGACAGUGCUAUAUGCCAUCACUGACAUUGAGACGUUUCAGCCCAAGCCGAGGAAGAUAACCGUUGUCUCCAGAAUAUACAGGCUCCUGGGAGUCAAGAGUACCACGCCUACUGAACUGUUCUCUAGGAAGAUUGAAAGUGGCAGCUACACGGAAGCGCUGACGCUAGCUGAGACGUUCAACCUGGACAGCGAUCUGGUUUACCAGCAGCAGUGGAGGAAGAACCCCGUCUCCACCGACGCUAUCCAGAACUAUUUAAGCAAAGUAUCAAAAAAGAUCUGGGCGGUGCACCAGUGCGUGGACCGCUUGCCCGAGAGCUUGCAGGCCGCUAAAGAACUCCUGCACUUUGGACUGGAACUCACCAACGAGAAAAUAUUGGAUGAAAUCAACAAAGACCUCCCAGAAGACGAGUGGAAGGACCCGGACAGCGUAACUCUGGAAGACCUCAACGCGUAUACAAGCGAGCUACUGCGAUGCAGACACGUCAUGCUGUUCUACAAGGAACGCCUGAGGCUGUAUGAGGCAAUUCUUCGAUGCGAGAAGUCGACAUACGUCAAAGAUGAAUACCACCGUCUCAGAAGCAACAGUAUAGUCCAUAGUGCAAUGGAAAUUGCUAAAGAGGGUCGUAUAGAGGCUCUCACCUGUCUAUGGCCCUACAUAAAGAGCUUGCCAAUGCAACUGGCAGUAUUGGAUAAAUUGCCAGAGACAGUGUACCCUUUGGACUAUCAGCAUUUACUGCCUACUAAAGAACCUUUGACGUGGUUCGAGAAGAAAUCGCCUAUCAAGAUUCAGCCAUCGGAACAUGAAAACGAUUGGUGUAAAAAGGAAAUAUUUAGAUCAAUAUGGAGUUCAAACUGGUCAGAAGACACAACACCAGAGAACGAAACAGCUGCCGAUAUAGACAGCGACCUCGCCAAAUGGUAUGACAAGCGUGCGAGGGAGAUAGAGGAACGCAGCGGCAUCGCCUCUCACGCUCUAACUCUCGUCACUAUCGCCAAAGUGGGCGGGGCCGUAGAACACCUCGAUAACAUAAUGUUCCAUCUCCUAACUUUGGAUACGCUGAUAUACGACAUCAAUGUCGAAGGGGUUACGUUGGCUCAGGUGGAGAAAAUGAGCAACUUAGAAGUCUGUAAGAUGCUGAUGAAGAUGUCGACACCGGCGACUUUCGUGUCGGAUCUGAAACAGUUCGUGAUCCCAUACCUGAAGCGAUAUGAGAACUUGACGAAGCGCACGGGCUUCUGCCUCACCGGCCUUAUGGAGUUCCUGGAAAGCAUUAGCGUGGACGAUCUCUCUUACAUACUAUUGGUGCUUCAAUCUCCCAAAGAGUUCGAGCUGGACGUCCGCACGCACUUGGACUUAGUGGAGAGAUGUCUGUUCGCGCACACCAGCACCGAACAGCUCGACAUGGCGUGUGAUCUGCUCGAUACCAUACUGAAGGAGUCCGACGGCAGUAUCUCCACAACGGCCCUCCUGCGCCGAUGCGCGGAGCUUCAGCGGCUGGUGGCGGGCAGCGAGCGACUCGCUUGGCGCGGCGUGCGCGUGCCGCCUUGCGCCCUCCGUGACCUCAACCAAGACGCGGCACAUGCGCACAAACUGCUCGCUAGAGUCGCAAGAGGACACGCUACUGCAGCCGCGGCGGGGGAAGAGAAACCCACACAACAGGAUUGGGAGAAUCUCCUCAAAGAUUUAUUAGAGCUACGAUCCACGCUCUUCGACUGCAUCACUACAGAACAAUGCUACGAGAUAUACGUAUCAGCGUUAUUAACAUCGGGCGAAGCGUCGAGCAUUCGGCUCGCGUCAGACGUGCUCACAGUAUCGCCCACACUACGCUUGCCGCCCAACUCUCCGUACAAGAUAGACUACAGGCGCAGCGUGGAGCUGGUGUCCAACGCCGCUAAGGAGUACUUCAACUCCGCCUCGUCUCUGACCGACCCUGCCUUGGAGCUGGCUAAAUGCUGCCUAAUGCUGAUCGAAGAUGGCAAUAAAGAAAUAGAACAAGAAUUGGAUCUCAUAUCUGCUUUGCCCAUAUUGGCUGCGUUCAACCUAUCAAUUCUUCCAAUUCAAGUGCGUCUCUGUGAAGACAGGAUGACACUGAUAGAAGACUGCUUGCAGUCAGAUUCCAACGCGUACUUAGCGAGCCACAAGCUGCUCAAGCUCGCCAAGCUGUUGCGAAUCGCGGGAGACGAUGAGCAGACGAGGGAAGGUCAAGUGCUUGUAGUAGUGGGGGAAUACGCCCUAGCGGCGGGCGCGGCGGGCGGUGGCGCGGCGGGCGCGGCGGCGCGCAGACUCGCAGCCCUGCGGCAUGCGCCUGCCGCGGACUUGCUCGCGCGAGUGGCGAGACACGCGCAAACUCACGCUACCACCGUCGAUAGGAGGAACUUGCUAGCCGCUGCGCUGACGUACGCGUCGCAGGACCAGUUGCAAGAUAUGCUUAAAGCCAGGCUAAACCUGGAGCUGGAAAGCUUGCAGCAGAUGGGCGCGGCUCUGCGCGAGAACAGCCGCCUCGAGGCGCGGUGGCCCUCCACGGAGGACGAGUUUGCUGAUGCUAUCACUACGCCUAUCAUAGAGAAAAAAGAUUUAGUAACACCGACUCAAGCAGAAAAGAAACCACUGCUCAACUACUUAUUGGAUUCCUUCCAAAAUAAAUUCACAUUGAGCAGCGGCAAGUCCAACGCACUGGAAACAUCGGAGCGAACGGUCCACUGCCAAGAGUUCUACCGCUCUCUGUACCCUGAACACGACGUGUCUACCCACUACUACUGCUACGAUCGCUUCUCUAUACCCGACGACAUCGACGGGCAGGCGGGCGUGGGCCAAGCCGCGCUCAAGUGGCUCUACAUACAGAACUGCCUGCACGCGGGCGACACCGACGACAUGGAGACUGAGGUGGUCCACAAAUGCGCUGAAGAGAUACUAUACAAAGAUACACCGCUAAGCAUAGCUUGCCUUCUUCGCUCCACGCAGGAUUACACGCAAGCUAAGAAGCUGAUAGACGCUCAACACACGGACGCGGCGGUUAGCGCUGCCCUUUAUGCCACACUAGUGAAGUGCAAUUCACCAGAGUUACGUGAUAAUGUCUACUUGGCUGAGCCGCGGAAGAUGGCAUGUAUGACGUUGAAACAAAACAACGCAUCGGAGGAACAGAUGGCCAUCAUAAGGCAGUGUAUAGACAAGCUUAGCGGAAUGGGCGAAGUGCUACGAAUAAGGAAAUUGGGACUCACUGUCAACGGCCUAUUGUUUAACGCGGAUAGCGACUACAGGCAGGAGAUUAUAUACCGAUUAGCAAGAUUGGGCGGCGCAGAACACGCAAAGCUCGCGUGUUCGCUCGCGAGCAAGUACGGGCUAGAUGCUGUAGAGGUGUGGUUGCAGUACGCCACCGAGGCGCAAGCGCGGGUCGCGCCCGACACGUUGCCGCCAGCUGCCUACAACAGUGAGGCGGUUAGCCGUAUUCGAGACACCCUGUGGCCCGCGGUCCGCGGUAACAACCACGCGGCUCUGAUUGACUUCUUCACGAUACUGAAGAGCAUCGAUGAAAAGACUCAACUGUGCGGGCUCACGGUGCUCGAACAUAUCAAGCUGCUGAAGAAAGCCAAGGCCGCUUCGCCAGAGCUAGACUACAAGCUCCUUUUAGAGCAGCCUACAGCGGAAGAGUUCACGGCUCACAUCCUGAGCAUCAUCAAGCCGGAGAACGUGGGGCUUCUGACCAAGUUCCUGCGCACACUGCCGCCCGCCUUCAAGAUACCCGUCUCCGUCAACUCGCUAUAUACCGCGUGGCUCACCAAAUACUUUUUUAGCGAGGGAAUGGCGGGUGGCAGUAAUAAGAAGUGGAUGCAGGCUUGGCGCCAAUGCGCCAGCUACUUCACCAAGCUGGCCAAAGAAGAGCUGCUCAAGUUCGUGGCCGCCACGUGCUUCUCCCCCGAAGCGUUGCAAAGGGUACCGCCGGGAACACGCAAUCUGAUGAUAAUGCAAGCUGUAGACUAUUGUCAACAAGAGCAAGAAAAUGAUUUCAAAUUCACCAAAAACGAACAAACAUGGGCUCAGAUAGGACAAGAGCUAACGCGCUGGGCGCGCUUCCUGGAGAACUACCACUCGUCCAGCGUGCAGGCCGUCGUGGACGCAAGCGACGUGCCGCGCGAACACUGCUGGCCUGAGUUAGAGAUGAGUCACGGGGACGUGGAGAGAGUAGCGUCGGCGCUGGCUCGGAUCGUGAUGCGCGGCGGCGUGCGCGCUGCGGGCCUGACGUCACUGCUGCAGUGCUUGCACGUCACGCUGCACACCGAGCACGUGUUCCAGCACACGCUACAACACUGCGUGCUCAAUCUGGAGGACAUACAAACACUAGUGACGCGACUCACACAGUAUCACAAGGAGGGUGUGAGAUUCUCCGAAGAGUUUCUAGACCAAGUGAUGACAAAAGCGACCGAGUUUGGUCUACCGCCGCACAAGCAGCUGAGUCUCCUAUCCCUGAGCCAGAAGACCAGGGUUCAGGAUGGAGAUGACUUGCUGAAGAUUGCACAAUCCACCGUCGACUUGUUUAAGACGGAGUGGUCUGACUCCGAAUACGCACAAAAUUUGACAGAUGAGAAGCUGUUAACGGUGGAGGGGCGACGAGAAGCGUUCUCUACGUUCGCGCAGCUGUGCGACUCGCGGCAACGCAAGAAGGCGCUGGUGGACGUGCUGGCCUGCUGGCCGCCCACUGCAGACGAGGGUCGAAGCUUGCACUGCGAUUACCUGCGCGAGCUGCUGGCGAGUGACUCGGAGCCGCGCGAAGCCCUGGCUCUCAUCAAGCUACUUCUGCGGCGGCCCGUGCUACAAGACGAGGAUAUAAACUGGCUGGUGGAGAAUGUGACUAGUCAGUCCAUUGUGAAUACUUUGUGGGUGCUGCUGCUGAACAAGUGCGCGCGCUCCGAAGAGCUUCUUUGCAGCCUGCUACAAGAGCAUAAGGAAACAAUACUCCACGUACCCAUAGAAGAGGAUUUGAUAAAGGAAAUGUUAGACCAAGGCAUGUUCAUCAAACUGGUGCCGACUCCGCUAUACUCGUCGGUAGUCAACUACAUUAUGAAUACCGAAGCCUCUAGCGGCGAACCUGCAAGUCCAUACACGGUCUCCUGGGCAACCGCUGAACUGCUAAAGGCUAACUACUUAGCCGAAGCUGGCCAUUUACAAAUGCUGUCUAUAGGCAUCCCCAGCGCGUUAAGAGGGUUCUCCCAAACUGUGCUAUAUUGCAAGAAUUUAUUGAAAUAAUGAAUGAAUAUUUUAAUGUCUACUUAAUAAUAAGUGUGUUUAUUGUAUUAUUAUUGUCAAUCAUAUUAAGUUAUUAAAUUAUUAUUAGUAUUCCA